AUGUCUCCUUUUCCAUCUAAGAAACUUGCUAAAUCAUCCAAGAGUUUAUGGUCCCAGAGCAGCUUCUACACAUUUGAGAAGGCUGCAUCUUGUAUCACUGUCAUGGACCACCACCAGGGGGCAGAUGAGAGCACCCCAGGACCCUGUGUUCAGGAGCCCAUCCUCCAGGGCUGGGAAGAGGAAGAAGGGGGCACAUGGUCAGACCUCCCCAGAGAAGGUGGUGUGAGGCCAACGCUGAAGAUGCUGCUGCUCCUGCUGCUUCUGGGGCCCAGCUCUGGGCUUGGUGCUCAUGUCUCUCAACAUCCAAGCAGGGCCAUCUGUAAGAGUGGGACCUCCGUGAAGAUCGAGUGUCGCUUUGUGGACAUCCAGGCCACAACUGUGUUAUGGUACCAACAGUUCCCCAAACAGAGCUUUGUGCUGAUGGCACUCUCUAAUAUGGGCUCUGAUGUCAUAUAUGAACAAGGUUUUGACAAGGAAAAGUUUCUCAUCAGUCACCCAAACCGCAGCUUUUCAUCUCUGAUGUUGACCAGCGCACAUUCUGCAAACAGCAGCUUCUACUUCUGUGGAGGCAGUGACACAGCGCUGGAUGGAAGUCAGAGACCUAGGCAAGAAGAGUUGCAGCAGCUGGUACCUCCCCCCUCACAGACCCCAGGGGCCCUAUAG